GGUCUAUAUUAAAUGCAGGGACGUGGACAAUUUUGGACCAUCCAUGGAGCAGAUCAAAUUCUUAAGCUAUGAAUUCACGCGUCGCAUUCUCCGCCCGCAUGCUCUUGGGCAUUUCACUUGCUGCACUUGUUCUGGCGGAUCCAGUGAAAUCUCAUACUUCAUGCCAUGACAGCUCGGUCACAGUAACUGCUACCACUACCGUCACUGUUUCGGCAGCUGUGAGCACAACUUCAUCCUCGCUAUUGACAACUGCGGCCCCAGGUACUCCAGUAUCACCCAAAAUUCUCAUUAUUGCCAACGAAUUCGAGUUCGGCUACCUGGAGGCCUAUAACUUUACGACCCUGUAUACUGGCGCCUUGUUCGAACAGGUCUUCGCCUGCACUGCAGAUGGCACUAUCUGCAAGCUUGAGUGUGGCCAAGAACUCGUCUCAGCUUCUCAAAUUACCUCACUUUUGCUCAUACCUGGGGUUGAUCUCACGAAAUCCUACAUUAUCAUCACUGGUACGGGAGGUGUAAACCCGAAAUAUGGUACCGCUGGAGGCGCUGCGAUCAGCACAUUUUCAAUCCAGUGGGAAUGGGGCGACAUGUUCCUUGGAGCCGAUUUGCCUGUCAAUUUCUCUGGGCAAUAUUUCUCCUCAUAUGCGCAGGAUGCCCCAUACAAAUACCCUGUAACUGUCGGAACCGAGGUGUAUAAGCUCAACGAAGCUCUCGUGGAUCGUUUCUACAAGGUUGGGAGCACGGUUGCGUAUCAAGAUGUCCCUCCAUUCUUACAGGACUUGAGGGCGACAUAUGAAUACGAUAUGGCAAAGCAGGCGCCAUUCCUGGCGCGAUGUGACACAGUUUCCUCACAGAUAUACUGGCAUGGUAGCGUGGCAGGGGAAAAUGUAGAGUACUACAGCAAUGUCAUCACAACAGGCCAGGCACGCCCUUGCAAUACCAACGAGGAUGACCAGGGAAGGUUGCUAGCUCUAUUUUUGGGUGCUGUCUAUAAGAGAAUAGAUUUUGGCAGAGUUGCGAUGAUCAAAGCUUUCAGUAACUUCGACCGCCCUCCGCCACAGCUGACAGCCUACCAAUCUCGCUUCUUUGUCGGAGAAGCGGCGACAGAACCUGGAUUAAGAAAUUCAUGGAAAACAAUUGAGGCUGUUGUAGACGAUGUGCUCGAAAACUGGGAAACUAUUUUUGAGACUGGAAUCAAGCCAAACACGUAUAUGGGCGACUUGUUUGGAACGCUGGGUGGGAAAUGCGACUUUUCAUUACCUGCUAGUGCUGCUCCUGGCUCAGUACAAGGCAGUUAAUACAGCAAAUUCCUUCCAAGCCAGCGGUGGAUGUCAAAGCGUAGCGUUUUAUCAGGCUACUGAGUAAAACACUUGUGUCAUCUAUCAUAUUGCUCCGUCAGCUUAGUUUGGCACGCCAAGCAGGAAUAUCUAGCCACAGGAGUGUACAUCUAGAUGUUAGGAAGGG